AGCGGAGCGGAGCCGGGAUGGAAACCAUGGCGAGCCCCGGGAAGGACAACUACCGGAUGAAGAGCUACAAGAACAAGGCGCUGAACCCGGAGGAGAUGCGCAGGCGGCGGGAGGAAGAGGGGAUCCAGCUCCGCAAGCAGAAGCGGGAGCAGCAGCUUUUCAAGCGAAGGAACGUGGAACUGAUUAAUGAAGAUGCUGCUGUGUUCGACACCCUCCUCAUGGACUCCUACAUCAGCUCCACCCCCGGGCAGGAAGGAGUCAUCUCCCGGGAGAUGGUGGAGAUGCUGUUCUCUGAGGACUCGGACCUGCAGCUGGCCACCACCCAGAAAUUCCGGAAGCUGCUCUCGAAAGAGCCGAAUCCCCCGAUUGACGAAGUGAUCAAUACCCCUGGAGUGGUGGACCGAUUCGUAGAGUUCCUGAAGAGGAGCGAGAAUUGCACGUUACAGUUUGAAGCGGCCUGGGCCCUGACGAACAUCGCCUCAGGAACUUCCCAACAAACCAAAAUCGUCAUCGAAGCCGGGGCCGUCCCCAUCUUCAUAGAGCUGCUAAACUCCGACUUCGAGGAUGUGCAAGAGCAGGCCGUGUGGGCGCUGGGGAACAUUGCCGGAGACAGUGCCGUCUGCCGAGACUACGUGCUGAGCUGCAACAUCCUCCCCCCGUUGUUAACGCUCCUCACCAAGUCGAUGAGGCUGACCAUGACACGGAACGCCGUCUGGGCGCUGUCCAACCUGUGCCGGGGGAAAAACCCGUCCCCUGAGUUUGGGAAGGUGUCUCCCUGUUUGCCGGUGCUGUCGCGCCUGCUGUUCAGCAGCGACUCGGACUUGCUCGCGGACGCCUGCUGGGCCCUGUCCUACCUGUCGGAUGGCCCCAACGAGAAAAUCCAGGCCGUCAUCGACUCUGGGGUGUGUCGGCGGCUGGUGGAGCUGUUGAUGCAUAAUGACUACAAGGUGGCUUCUCCCGCCCUAAGAGCCGUGGGCAACAUCGUGACCGGUGACGACAUCCAGACCCAGGUGAUCCUCAACUGCUCAGCCCUGCCGUGUCUCCUGCACCUGCUCAGCAGCCCCAAGGAAUCGAUCCGCAAGGAAGCCUGCUGGACUAUCUCAAACAUCACAGCUGGAAAUAGGGCUCAGAUACAGGCCGUCAUCGACGCAAACAUUUUCCCCGUGUUGAUCGAGAUCCUGCAGAAGGCCGAGUUCCGUACGCGGAAAGAGGCUGCCUGGGCCAUCACCAAUGCCACGUCGGGGGGCACCCCGGAACAGAUCAGGUACCUGGUCUCGCUGGGCUGCAUCAAACCCCUGUGUGAUCUGCUGACCGUCAUGGAUUCGAAGAUCGUCCAAGUGGCCCUCAACGGGCUGGAGAACAUCCUGCGGCUCGGGGAGCAGGAGGCCAAGCGGACGGGCAACGGGGCCAACCCCUACUGCGGCCUCAUCGAGGAAGCCUACGGCCUGGACAAGAUCGAGUUCCUGCAGAGCCACGAGAACCAGGAGAUCUACCAGAAGGCCUUUGACCUCAUCGAGCACUACUUCGGUGUGGAGGAUGACGCCGCCGCCGCCAGCCUGGCACCCCAGGUGGACGCCAACCAGCAGCAAUUCAUCUUCCAGCAGGCCGAGGCCCCCAUGGAGGGCUUUCAGCUAUAGUGCCCGCCCCCCGGGGGGGCGCGGGGAGGGGCGGGGGAGAGGUGGCACGGGGCAGCGGAGGGCACCACAAACUGGCCAGGGCCCGCUCCCCCCUCCCCUCCGGGGCCCACACCCCCUGAUGGGACCCACCCUCCUCCUCCUCCUCCCCGCCCGACCCAGGACAGACAGACGCUAACGCUUUGCUUUCGUGGAGAGAAGGGGACUUGUUGAGGGUCUGUUUCUCCUUACCCACUUUAUAUUUUUGCUGCAUUACUUUGUCCCAGGAGCCAGGGGUGGUAAAAGGAGGACAGAGGUAAUCAAUUUGCACCUUCCCCACCCCAAUCUUUUUUUUUUUUUUUUUUUUUGUGGUGAUUUCCUGACCUUACCCUCCCUCUUCCCCCCGGGCCCCCUAAACCCCAGCCCCGAUCUCUCUAACUCUUACCAUGGGUAUCGAGCAGAAUGAAAUAUUCCAGUGAGGGGCGGGGCGGAAUCCAAAACAUGUUCUUGCUCCGUUAGAAUAUUCAUCAUGGAAGCUUGGAUCAAUUUAUUUAAUUUCCUCUUUUUUUUUUUUUUUAAAGAAAACGAUUUUUUUUUUUUCCUUUUGCACAUCGAACUCAGAUUGAGAGGAGUCUCCCGGGAGCGCUGAGGUUUCGGGAAGCGCCCCAGGCCCCAUCGGAGCCGCCGGGGGGGUCCCUUGGGGAACGGUCGGCCCGGCUGUCCGGUUGGAAGGGGCGCGGCUGCUCCGCUUCACCCCUCACGCCUGGGCUCCGUGGGGGGAACCAUUCAAGGUUUCCUAAGGUUUUGGUCCGAGAGGGGCUGGAAGAGGGUGGAGUCAUGCCCCACCCUCACACGCCCUCCCCAAACAUCGCUACUGAUCCCGUGUCCCCGGGCUCCGUUGAUUACUUGAAGUUUCCCUUGGCUGCCCACACAGCGGAGACGGUUUUUUAAUCCCAUUUUUUUUUCCCCUCCUUUCUUUCUCCUGGGCGUGAACCUGGAGAGCUAAAUGACCUCUAACUUUUUGGGAGGUAACAGGGGAACAGGCCUCCUGUCUGCUGACCUGUGGUGAGGGGUGGGAGUCGGGAAAGCUAGAGGCCUGGCCGUGCAGCUGCCUUCCAACUCACAGUUGGGCUAGGCACACUUGCCACCCCCAGAACGGCAGAGCUUUGCGUCUUCUACGUCGUGGUCGGUCGGUCGGUCUGAACUGGGCUUCAGGGGAGAUCUAGCUGAGGAGCGGCUCUGACUUGUUUUAAUAGGAGCCCGUAGGACAGGCAGAUGGUCACGUACCCAUUCCGGCCCCCUCCUCCUGGGUCUGGGCACUCUCUUUUGGGGGUGGCACAGAGGAGCGAGGAGGAAACACAAAGGCUCUGGGCCUGGAGGAAGUAGGAGAAGCCUCCCCUCGCUACUUUCUUCCUCUCCCUUCCCCGGCUUUGCACUGGCUCACCUCUGGUCCUCCCUCCCUCCCCCGCCGGCCAUGCCGUAGAGUCCAGGAGCCGUCAAUGCUGAGGUGGUGGGAAGGGGGAAAGCAGAGGAAGCGCUGGGCAGCCCGAGGGGCCGGCCGGGACCCCUGGGUCACCACCGCCUGAUGUGAGAUGUCAGCUUGGGGUAGGUGGGGUCCUCUGGGCUCCUUCCUUCUCUUAGAUCUUCCCCUUCCCACCCACAGACUCUCACUCCAUGUAGUCAUGCCCUAGUCCGCCCGUUCUCGCCCUCCCCGCAACCCCUGACUUUGGGGGGGAACACCAAGCCGCUGGCAAGUAGGAGCAGCGGGGACCCAGCUCCAGAAACCGUCUUCUCAUCUGGGAAGCCUGGCAAGCUGGGGCAAACUGGGGGGAGUGCGUUGACAUUUUGGUCUUUGUUUUCCAUCCCUCUGGGUGCCCGGGAGGAGAACCUUGGGGGAGGAAAGGAGGCUGCUGUUGGCGAGUCUUGCCCCGCCCGAGGUUGAAGUUCCAGAGGGGAGACCGAGGCAGCGCAGAGCGCCAGCUGCCCCUUCGAGGUCUGUGCUUCCUAGAGAAGGCGGUUGACUAGUUUCAAAUGAAAUCUCUGGGGAAAGAACGAGGCUGGCCUUUUGCCCUUUUUAGAGGGUCAAAGUAGAGGAGACCUCUGCCUCUGAGCUGCUGCUCCUUUUCUCCCCCUCCCCAACUUGGAAACCUGAGCCUUUUGACCGUAAGGGUGGGAGUGUGGCCUGCCGGCCCUGGAGCUGGAAUUGUCCAUCAGUUGUAUUUAUUGGGCUCCGUCCUUGCCCUUUGUCCCUCAGCGUCCCAGCCUGAGGCCCUCCUUCCCCCGGGGACAAUGAGAAAGCGGUGGGUCCCAGUGCCCUGGGGCUUGGUUCUGGAGAGCCACGAGUUAUCUUCAGAGGCCACCACUCUGGCUGCUGCCGGGAACCAC